CUGAUGCUUUGUGGGAUGGGAGCGUGCAGCAGGAAGGCUCUUACGCUGCUCAGCAGUGUGUUUGCCGUGUGUGGCUUGGGGCUUCUGGGAAUCGCAGUCAGCACAGACUACUGGCUCUACCUGGAAGAGGGCAUCAUCUUACCCCAAAACCAAACCACCGAGAUCAAAAUGUCCCUUCAUUCUGGCCUGUGGAGAGUCUGUUUUUUAGCAGGUGAGGAGCAAGGUCGUUGCUUUACUAUAGAAUAUAUAAUGCCUAUGAAUGUCCAGAUGACAUCGGAAUCCACAGUCAGUGUACUAAAAAUGAUCCGCUCUGCAACUCCAUUUCCAUUGGUCAGCCUUUUCUUUAUGUUUAUCGGUUUUAUCCUCAACAAUGUAGGUCAUAUCCGCCCCCAUAGGACCAUUCUGGCAUUUGUUUCUGGUAUUUUUUUUAUUCUUUCUGGUUUAUCUCUUGUCGUUGGUCUGGUUCUGUACAUAUCCAGUAUUAAUGAUGAAAUGCUGAAUAGAACAAAAGAUUCAGAGACCUAUUUCAGCUACAAAUAUGGAUGGUCCUUUGCAUUUGCAGCCAUAUCGUUUCUCCUGACAGAGAGUGCUGGGGUGAUGUCUGUUUACCUAUUCAUGAAAAGAUACACAGCAGAAGAUGCCUACAGGCCUCACCCUGGGUUCUACCGCCCACGGCUAAGCAACUGCUCUGACUACUCUGGCCAGUUCUUGCAUCCUGAGGCUUGGGUACGUGGACGUAGCCCAUCCGACAUCUCCAGCGAGGCAUCACUUCAAAUGAACUCCAACUACCCAGCUCUGCUAAAAUGUCCAGAUUAUGACCAGAUGUCUUCAUCACCUUGCUGAGAACAGGACAUCCGCUUCACAUUGAAGCUGGAAUA